CGGAAGAGCUGGGCCGCCGGCGGCGCGAGACUGUCCCUGGCUCCGCUGCCCGCGAGCCCCGCGCGGCGGAGGAGGCGGAUGAGGGGCAGCGGGCUGGGCCGGAGGCUCCUGGCCUCGGGGGGCGGCUCGCGGCCGGGCGCGCCCUGGGGCGCUGCGCUGCCGGCCCCAAGGAGAGGUUUUGCUGCCACAGCCCCUGUGAAGUCGUAUGACAUGAGAAGGGUUGAAAUAACCCCACUGGAACAGAGAAAGCUAACCUUUGAUACCCAUGCAUUGGUACGAGAGCUGGAAGUUCAUGGUUUUGGUAAAGAACAAGCAGAGACCAUUGUAUCAGCGUUAACAACUUUGUCAAAUGUCAGCCUAGACACAGUCUAUAAGGAUAUGGUGACCCAAGCUCAGCAGGAAAUAACUCUGCAGCAGAUAAUGGCGCAUUUGGACUCUAUUCGGAAAGAUAUGGUAAUCCUAGAGAAAAGUGAAUUUGCAAACCUGAGAGCAGAAAAUGAGAAAAUGAAAAUUGAGUUGGAUCAAGUUAAACAGCAGCUAAUGAAUGAAACCAGUAAAAUCAGAGCUGAUAACAAGCUGGACAUAAAUCUGGAAAGGAGCAGAGUGACAGAUAUGUUCACAGAUCAGGAAAAGAAUCUCAUGGAAGCAACUACAGAGUUUCAUAAAAAAGAUUCGAGUACCAACAGUGCUAUUGCAGAAAUCAGUAAUAAAAUUGAUUCACAAAUAGCCUCCUUAAAAACUCUCAUGGAAUCGAAUAAAUUGGAGACGAUACGUUAUUUGGCAGCUUCUGUUUUCACUUGCCUAGCAAUAGCACUGGGAUUUUAUAGGUUUUGGAAAUAGACCCAGAGGAACUACUGCGCUACAAAUAGAGGAAGAAAAGGCUGCCCACAUCAUGGAACAUCUGUUAGGUCAUACUGUGUUCGCUACUGCGGAUAUUCUUAGUGCCUUUGUUCUUAUAUUGAUUCUUAAUGCGUACUAAAAAAUAUUCUCUUUAAUAAUAAAGGUCAAAAUAGUUAGGGGCAAUAAUAGGAACCUUUCCUUAACUCCUAAUGGAUUCUUCAGUGGCCUUUUUUCAAAAACCUCAUACAGAAGAAACACUGAAUCUGUGUUUAUAUAAAAUCAGAAAGUUUUUUGGCAUAGGAACCAAAGAACAUGUCCCAUGAUUCAUUUUGGAAAGGUUCUGUUCCCACGUCCCUGCCAAAGAAAAGUGUUUACCAUCUGAUGUAACCAAAUGCAAGGAGCUAUCCUACUCUGAAACUUCUGUGCAUCUUAAACUACAGGAGCUGCAUGUUUGUGUUCCAUCCCGAUUCUCCUCUCUCCGCUGGGUGAGGUAUGUCCAUCUUUAUAAAAUUGUAAAAAUAAAGCCUUUUCAAAAGGAUCCCUUUCCCAGCAUAAAGCUGAAUCAUAUGGAUUAAAAAUGACCAGUGGCUGUAAGACUAAAAUGCCCACCCCUUCUUUGACAGUUUCCUCCACCCAUACAACCAAACAAUUUUAUAAUUCCCUUGUCUAAGGGGAAAUGUCACAUUGGCAACGUGUGUGUAAAACUAACUCCCUGAGCAAGACAAAGGUGGUGGUGUUUUUUUGACUCCUUUCCGUUGCUGGAGAUACAGAACUCCCCUAUAUGGUCCAUAUCCUUUACCUGAAAGCAGAAUCUGCCUUGAAAUGUGGAAAUGUUACAUUUCUUCCAUGAAACUGCUGAUGCUCCUGCCCCCAGAUCCCUCUGGAAAGCAGGCGAGCACCACAAUUCUUGGGAAAUAAAUUGGUCCCAUUGACUGUCCUAAACCAAACUUAGAUCAUGAUCUCUUUACCUUCUGCCAAUGGCUGAUAAAUUUCAACAUAAAAACAUGACAGGAUGGGAUGAUAUUUUUGCAGCAUUUAAGCAACCAAUCGUAUUUUAUUUAAGUCCUUGUCACAAGAGAUUAUUUUUCGUCACAAGUGUAAUUAAGUAACCGUGCUGAUGCUUAGUUCCGUUCAUUACAGGUAACUGUGUUGAGCAAAUUUUAACUCUGAGUAGUCUCUGUACAGGGGAGAGAGGUUUUGAAUAUAGUACUGUAUAGAGGCAUUUUCAGGUGACUCUAUCUUACUGUUUACAAAUUGAAUUUGCUAGUGUCCUGUGAAUUUUAUGUUCUCUGUAUGAAAUUCUGUAUUUAAACAGUCCCUUGUAGCAUAAUAAAAUUGUUACAUUGCUGUCCAA